UGAAUAAAUACGAUGGAAAACUGCGUCACUUGGGUAUUACUUAAAUGAGGUGUCUGUUGAAGUUUAUUUGGAAAGACACUGUUUUGGGAGUUAGGUUACACCACUUAUAUUAUUGAUAAAAGAACCACAGACAAUGCAAAAUAAACUUUCCUUGACUGUAAUAUUUUGCCACUUCAUCUGCAUAAUAUGUGACCAAAACAAAGAACAACCGAAUCGAGAAAAACGCUUUAGUAAAUUUGUUGUAGGAGGUAGCAAUAACGGUGAAGACGAAGAUGUCACUGCAGAAAAACGCCUCAGUUCAUUUAUGAGAAUUGGUAAAUCUAAUCCCGAAGAAAAACGACUAAGUUCUUUCGUUAGAAUAGGGAAAUUACAUCCCGAAGACAAACGUUUAAGUUCGUUUGUUAGAAUUGGUAAGUCCCAACUCGAGGAUGAACUACAUAGUUCGUGGCCAUAUGAUGAAAAGCGAAUGAGAUCUUUCGUAAGAAUAGGGAAAUCAAUGAUUCCAAAUGACGAUCUCAGUAAAAGGUUAAGUUCGUUUGUACGAAUAGGAAAAAACUACCCAGAAGAAAAUAAAAGAUACAGUUCUUUCGUACGAAUUGGAAAAGAUUUAACAAAUGCACUGGCAAAACGAAGUAGAACAAGCUCAUUUGUAAGAAUAGGGAAAAGUUACGACGAACUGGACAGUGAUGUAUUACCUGCUUACGAACUUGUUGAAAAGCGACCAGCCUCUUCAUUUGUUCGAAUUGGAAAGGCCAACACAGAUCCACAAAAAAGGUACAGCUCAUUUGUAAGAAUAGGAAAACAGUCGGACAAGUUAGGGUCUGAAUAUGUAAAAAUAGAUAAUGCCGACGAUGCAGCACCAAACGAUGAAACCGACGAAUCAUAUAAAUUGAUUAAAGAUGUUAACAGUUUGCAAGGACCAGAAGAAGAUCAAAGACUGAAAAGACGAAAGAGGAGUCCUGAGUUAGAUCAACCGUCAAAACGAGGGUUUAUUAGAAUUGGCAAGAUUCCGUCUUCUUCAUUCAUGCGCAUUGGCAGAAACAGAUUAAUGAAUUCUCUUUUACUGCGAAAAUACGUUAGAGAGGGACGCAGAGGACAUUCGUCUUUCAUCAGGAUUGGAAAAAGGGCAGAUUUACCAGUUGACAGUGACAUGCAUGAUGAUGGUUUAAUGUUUUUGCUACAAAAACAAGAUGUGUGAAAUACUAUCUCAUCUGUAUCACGAUGACAAUCAUAAUGGAAGUCUUAUAGAUUUAGAAAAAAAAAUUGUUACUGUUUACUUGGGGUAUAUAUACAUUACUGCAAAUUAUCUCUUUAUAUUCGACAAUAAUGUUGAUGCAUUAUGUUGGGCGGUCACGAUUCAUCAUUUUAAUGUUUAGUUUUGGCAUUAAAAGUAUAAGCACAAAACUAUUCCCCCAAUAUAUUAACACGAUAUGAAUACCUAUUGGGGUUCUAGAAGGUGAAAAGAUGCAGGACCAAUUUCUGCUAUAUUUGCUUAACGCAGCGGGUAUACGAAAAGUGAUGAAAUCUUGGGGUAUUUGAACAUUUUAAAAAGACAUAUAGAAUUUAAAAUUUUUUUUUAACAUAUUUCUGUUAAAUUAAAUUUUCAUUUAGCGAUAAAAAUUGUAUUGAAGAGCAAUUUACAUGUGCAAUAUUUGAUUAAAUUAUCAGAAAAAUUACAUAAUGAUGUAAGGAUCUCCAUGAUGAAAUGCAAGGCUGUAAUAACUGUACAGUUUUGAAAAUGACCCUGCUUCUGAAAAAAAAAUAUAGGGGCAAAUGAUCCUACCUCCGUAUAAAUCCUUCAGUUCCCACUUUUAACCUUUUUACCUUGUGUGUUUAUUAUAUGUAUUUUUCAAACCCUAUUAGUUUUGAUAUGAUUCUUACUUUCAGUUAACAUUUGUAUGUUGAAUGUUGAAUGUUUAAAGUACCAUAAUUAUAGCCUAGUGAACUGUGGAAGUAAUGAAUGCCUAAUUAACGACUUCAGCAUUAUUAAGUUUGAUUUAGGAGAUAUUUGUUUGAACAAACAGAAGUUGAUGGUUAUUUUAAUGAUGGAUUGUAUGAUGAAAAUAAAACUUCUUCUGAUUUCUAAUUAACUAGUGGGGUCAAACAUAUAACAAACGAUGGUAGUAGUCAUCGAUUCGAUGUGGACAUUGUUUUUAUUGUAAACUCUCUGUUUUGUUUUUCUAGCUUCUUAAAAUAACGAUUCCAAGCGCUAUGUUCAUCAAAAUAAAAAAUGAAUAGAUUUUCUUCUGCAAGUAUCUUUACCUUCGUCCUUGUAAUCUGUCUUCAGGCUAGAAAAUUCAUUGAAAAGGACAAGAAAUGAAACUGAUAUUUUUUUUUAUAUCUUGGCAACAUAAGUGUAUCAUAAAAAGCAGGUGAUUAGAAACAUAUACCUAACUUCUAAAUUUAUGCAAAUAGAGCAUACUUAUAUUAUGUACAGUGCUUUAAUAAGUUUUGUUAUAUGUUGAAGAGCAAUAAAAUAAUUUUAUGAUUUA